AUGGAAAAUUUUCUCAGUGCAAGAAACAUCGUGGAGAACAAUGCUUUGCGUGCGCGAUUAUAUUAUCAGGUUCCAAACCCCAACGUGGUUCUUGAUAGGCUCAAAAAAAAUGGCACACGGUUUCGACGCGUCUUAAAAUUUACUGGAUACAACGCUUUCGCUACCGUACUGCGUAUGGAAGCGAAUGAACUUUUGGAUGAACCAGAUUUAAGACUAUUGAAAAUUGCAUGCUCGAUCCUUUGGGAUGACGCCCCGGAACCAUCAAAGCAGAUGUAUAUAUUCUGCGCUCAAGUAGUCGAUGCAAAUAUCCGUCGAUGA